AUGUGGGAUGUGUCUCCAGCAGGCCGGGUCUGUUCCAGCAGCAGCAGCAGCUUGCAGGAAAAGACAGAGCGGAGUGGAGGAGAGUGGAGGACAGACAGUGGAGGACAGUGGAGGAGAGCUGAGCAGAGUGGAGGAGAGGAACGUGCCCUGGCCCGGUCCCCUGCGUUCUGGCUCGCUCAGCGGCUCUACAGCCUGUCAUCAUCCAGCAUGCAGGAAGCCACAAGAUCUUCAACCCGGAGCCACAGACUAAAGAAAGAGGGCCUGUUCCCAUUUACGCAGCUGAGCCCCAGCAGCCUGUUGUUUCCGAAACCAACUCUGACAAAACUACAACUCUCAUCUAUCACCUCUUCCAUCAACACUCUCUCUCCUCUUACUUCAAGGCCAGCAAAAUCCUCUCCAGCCACCCCAUGGCUGUCGGAUGUUCUACGCAACAACCGUAGAGAGCUAAGGCUAGCCGAGAGGAAGUGGAAAAAAUCUCAACAAUACUCAGACCUCUGCUCUUACCAAUCUCUCCUAUCCCGAUUUUCAACAGAGGUAACUGCUGCAAAAUCCUCUUUCUACAAAAGGAAACUGGAAGAAUCAGCAUCUGACCCUCGCAAACUCUUCACCAUCUUCUCAUCUCUUCUAAACCCUCCCACUCCUCAACCUCCCACAACCCUCUCCCCGGAUGAUUUUGUCAACUCCUUUGAGGAGAAAGUAGCAAAUAUCCGCCAAUCCUUUCCCCCUGCCUCUACCCUUCCCACCAAGUUCUAUCUUCCACAUUCUACCUCUCUGUCUCAAUUCUCUCUGCUUUCCACAGAUGAAAUCCUUCAUCUUCUACAUUCUAACAAUCCAACCACUUGCCCACUUGACCCUUUACCAUCUUCCCUCUUUCAGACAAUUGCUCCUGACCUCCUUCCGUUCAUCACUCACAUCAUUAACACCUCUCUAUCAUCUGGUCAUGUUCCAUCAACUUUUAAGACUGCCAGAGUGGUUCCUAUCUUGAAGAAACCAACUCUAGACAGCUUGGACGUUGGCAACUACAGGCCAGUUUCUCUCCUCUCUUUCCUUUCCAAAGUCCUUGAGCGUGCUGUCUACAACCAACUUUCUCUCUUUCUCACUCAGAACAAUCUUCAGGAUCCAAACCAGUCUGGCUUCAAACCUGCACAUUCUACUGAAACUGCCCUCAUUGCAGUUACAGAGAAGCUUCAUGCAGCAAAAGCUACUAACCUGUCAUCUGUUCUGAUUCUGCUUGAUCUCUCUGCUGCUUUCGACACGGUCAACCACAGCAUUCUCCUUUCCAUCCUCACCAGCCUUGGAAUCACUGGCUCUGCAUGGCAGUGGUUUGCAUCGUACCUGGAGGACCGUUCCUACCAGGUUUCAUCCCGCAUCUCAGCAUGUCUCAAUGAUGUCUCGAUGUGGAUGAGUUCUCAUCACCUAAAACUCAACCCCAGCAAGACUGACCUUCUGUUCAUCCCAGGAACUACAAGCCCUCACAACAAUCUCUCCAUCUCUUUCGAGAACUCACUGGUCACUCCAUCGGCAGAAGCAAGAAGCCUUGGUGUAGUAAUGGAUGACCAGUUAUCGUUCUCGAGCCAUAUUGCAAAUCUGACUCGGUCAUGCAGAUUUCUCCUGUACAACAUCCGAAGAAUUCGACCGUUUCUGUCUCAGGAUGCCACUCAGGUGCUUGUGCAGUCUCUUGUCAUCUCAAGACUUGACUACUGCAACUCUCUACUGGCUGGUCUUCCACUGCGAGCCAUCAAACCACUACAGUUAAUUCAGAACUCGGCAGCACGACUCGUCUUCAAUCUUCCGAAGUUCAGUCAUGUGACUCCUUUGAUGCGUUCCCUCCACUGGCUUCCUGUUGCCGCCCGCAUCCGAUUCAAAACCCUGACGCUGGCCUACAAGGCAAAAAACGGACCAGCACCUUCAUACCUGAUGGCGAUGGUCAAAGCCAGAUCUGCACCAAGAGCUCUUAGAGCUUCCAGUACAGCUCGGCUCGAACCUCCAUCACUCAAAACACACAGAAAACAGACAUCCAGACUCUUCUCUGUGCUGGCACCAAGGUGGUGGAAUGAACUUCCACUGGAUGUCAGAACAGCAGAGUCACUCACGGUCUUCAAACGUCGACUGAAGACACAUCUUUUCAAAGAGUUCCUAAACUAAAAAAAAAAAAAAAAAAAAAAAAAAAAAAAGGUUCCUAGGGUUCUUAACAUGAUUAAGUUCUAUGUAUCUCUUGAUCCUAGUCUACAAACUAGCUUUGGAUAUCUUAAGUAACUUUGAAGCACUGUUGUAAGUCGCUCUGGAUAAGGGCGUCUGCUAAAUACCAUAAAUGUAAA